GAAGGCGAAGAGAUCAUGGGCGACGAGACAGGAAAGUUUCGACAUAGCGCGCUCAAAAGCAGAUGGUCUGCCUAAUAACAGCUGUCUAUCGAAUUCCAUUCCUCAAACCGUACCAUGUUGGCCAUCAAGAAACACGAGCAGUCUGGGACCGCGUCACUCUCUUGGCAACGAGUCUCCGCCGCACCUCCCAGACCACCGCUUCUACGAACAAGAACAUUUCUUUCCCGGGAACUGGGUUCUUCGAAUGCCCUAGAUUUGAGUUACGGAAAAGGCGAACGGCCACUGGCUACGGUCUUGCGGGAAGCUGCAAAUAGAGAGAGGUGGGUGUACGACGAAAAGGCGGUGGAACCUGCAGGUGGGUAAUGGACGUAGGCUGUUUGCUCAGUCCUAUAUUUUUCUUGUACUUGCAGAACGCCAAUUUGAAGGAACUGCCGGAAGAGAUUCAACUGCUAGUCUCGUUGACACAUUUGGAUGUAUCUUUCAACAUUGUGGAAUGCAUUUCUGAGGCCAUUUUUGAGCGUCUCGCAGAUUUGCAGUAUUUCAACGCACAAAGCAAUCAGCUCAAAGCUCUUCCGCAUACCUUGGCGAAAUGCACAAGACUUGAACAACUGCGGCUUUUCAAAAAUUAUCUGGAGGAGCUUCCUGAUUAUAUUUUUACAUCACUAAGACACCUGAGGAUUUUGGAUGUCUCCGUAAAUCGGCUCCAACGGUUACCGGACGCGAUAUUUGAUGCUUGCGGUAAUCUGGAAGAGCUAGCGUUACGACGAAAUCGAGUCUCAAUACUGCAGGCCAGUAUUGGAAAGCUAAAAUGGCUGAGGCGACUCAUCCUUGCAGGAAAUGUUCUCCAGACAAUUCCAGAAACCAUUAACAAUCUCGCAAACCUGGUGAACCUCGACCUGUCCGACAACCGGCUCACGCGCAUACCCUAUCGGGCUUUUGCGGGCAUGCUUGCCCUGACUGAUUUGAAUCUAAGCAGUAACCAAUUGAGAGAGUUGCCUUAUAUGGGCGACUUGAAGAGUUUGCGUGUAUUGAAUAUCGAGCGGAAUCCUAUUUCCGUGUUGCCCCCUAUACUUGCGACACUUCCAGAGCUCGAAAUUCUUGAGAUUGAUCUAAGCACCACGUCAGCAAUCAACUCACCACCGUUGGAGCUAUGUCGAGAAGGACUGGAGCGUAUUAAAACAUUCCUACUCGCGUCCUUGAAACGAUCGCCAAAUCCGUCUUCACUGUGUGAGGCACGAGCCACUGCCUUAAAUACCCCGGCACCCGUAGCAGCCGAGCCCAGCGUUGAUGUAUGCGAUGGAAGUACGUCUGCUGCAGACCUGAAACCCAGACAGUUUUUGAAGGUCACCGCCGAGGAAUUGAAGGAAGGAGGUCUUCUGGUAGAUCACCAAUCUCUUCCGCUUGACGUUCUGGCUCUAUGCGCGAUCCGCUUGCAUCAGGAAGAAGAUAAGCAUGCUGUGAGAAACCUUGUGCGCAAGAUUGUCACCGCAUUGCGGCGACGGCUUGGUGAUCAGAAGGACGUAGCAUCUCUGUCUCUGUGGUUAUCCAAUGUAGUGUACUUUUCAAGCGCACUGAAAAGCCAUCGGACUGAGCUGAAAGAAAACGAUACAUUACUUCAACAAUUGGUUCAAGAUGUCUACGCGCGUCUCAUUGAUAGCGUGCGGUCCGAUCUUUCGCCUAUGAUUGUCGAAGCGUUUUCGGAUGACUCUAAUGUCAGUCCCCAAGGAUCCAUCCCAUUUACACCGUCAACCGUCAGCUCAUUCAACAACAGAAGUAGUCUACGUGAAGGUCGCAUGACUGUUCGAAUCCUUUUAGAUCACCUCAGCGAUACUAUCAAAGUUCUCAACCAAAACAAUCUACCUGGCACAAUAGUUCAGCACCUAAUUCAUGAACUCUUUCGAACUAUGGACGCCCAGCUCGUCAAUGGCCUGGUUUUGCGUUGUACACGCAAGAUGAAGUCUAUAAUCCGUCGAAAUAUCGAUGUAGUCGACUUGUGGUGUAUGGUGAACGAUAUUCACUUGGUGGAAUGCUUUGUUUUUUCGAGAAGUCUGCUGGAAAUUGUCAGUCCUGAAGUGGAUCCCUCCAGAAAUAGUCCUGAAUAAAAUUACAAGUUAC